UUUUUCGAGGCCAGACGGAAAUCCUCUUAGCGUCACUUGACCUCUCUAACGGCGAAAUUCCGACAUCUACCCUUUCCUCCGCCAAAUAUACCUCCAUCGAUUACCACCAACCAGUUCAAAAUAUCUCCUGACCGGAAUUCCUUGCUACCUGACGCUGCGUAUCAACACUUCACCGCCUGGACCCAUCACAGCCUUACCAUUGGAACCCAUCACGCCUGAGCCAAAUUACUUGCCAACAUCAACCACCUUCCCGUGCUUAUUUGAGCCGCCUCGAACAUCGUUGCCACAUCUGAACGACAACCUCCAGAAAACAGUCGCAAACGUUACUGACACCGAGUGUCUGCUUAUAUCAAACUCCCACUUCCCAAGUACAUCGGUCAACUCCGGCAACAUCAACGUCUACGUGUGUCCAAAUGCUUCAAGUCUGUAACCCAACGCCUCAUACUUUUCCUCAAGUGCAUCCUGAGCACUUGAUCUACCGGUUACGAGAAGUACCAACGAGAACCAUGGAGCCACCCUCCGCACCAAACCCAGCUGGCGAUGCCGGUGUCUUGCCAGAUUUCGGAAGUUUAGCCCUUCAGGAUGCGCCAUCACCACCUGCGAACGAGGAAGAGUUGGAUAUUUGCACUAUGCCGCGAGAGUCUGCCAUGAAGUUGAUCUCACGGGCGAUCAUUGCAAUGGCGAAUGCAGCAGGCGACGUGCCAGCAACACCUCCCCUAACACGGACCAUUUCGAGGGACAACCUAGCGGCAAUCAAAGGCCAUCGUCGUGUAGCUUCCAGACCUGCGACACCCAUUCCUGCCGAGAAAGAGAAUCAUCACCCAACACAGCUUUCGCCAGCAGAAGCAGAACACGAUGAACCUACGAUCGCGCAUGACAUCGGUGCCGGCGCGCUACCCGAGCACCUUCAACGGGCAAACAUGGCAAGAAAGUUCUUCUCAAAAACUGUCCCAAAAGUGGGCGUCGAAGAGUACAUGAACCGCAUCCAGAAAUACUGCCCACUCUCAACAGCUGUUUGGCUCGCCGCUGGCUCCUACAUUCUCCGACUAUGCGUCAUUGAUAAAGUCGUUCCUCUGACCUUUCGAACGAUGCACCGACUCAUCCUCGCAUGCGCACUGGUCGCAAUGAAAGCUCUCGAAGAUCACCGUUGGCCACAGAAGCGCUUUGCUGCAGUCGGUGGCGUGGACGAAGGUGCACUUUGCCGAUUGGAGCUCUGUGUUGAGUUCCUUUUAUCAUUCAACGUCCAGAUUUUCUCGCCAGAGAAGUUAAAGGAUCUUACAAUCUCGCUACAAAAGGCGGGACAAGCAGCCACCAUCACGAGUCGGCUGCCAACAUCGUUCAACUUGAAGCUGGGCAACCCCAAGCUUCGACGAGAAGUUGCUGCGUGAUCCUUGCAAAGCAUUUCCUUGGUACAUCUCAUUUGUCCAUUGCGUAGGAUAUCCCCAUUGAGUAUGCGACGGCGUUCAAGCAACAAAAUAGCGGCAUUUUGAUAUUCUUGUGUACGAUAGGUUGCAUGGCGGCCUUUUGAAACUUUUGGGAGCUGGCGGUUGACCACGCGCUUUCCC